AUGCGGACCCCGCGAGCGUCCCCUCCCUGUCCGGCCCUGUUGCUUCUGCUGCUGCUACUGGGGGGCUCCCACGGCCUCUUCCCUGAGGAACCACCGCCGCUCAGCGUGGCCCCCCGAGACUACCUGAACCACUAUCCCGUGUUCGUGGGCCGCGGGCCUGGACGCCUGACGCCUGCAGAAGGUGCUGAAGACCUCAACAUCCAGCGUGUUUUGCGUGUCAACAGGACCCUGUUCAUUGGGGACAGGGACAACCUAUACCGGGUGGAGCUGGAGCCCCCCACGGCCACGGAGCUGCGGUACCAGCGGAAGCUGACCUGGCGCUCCAACCCCAGUGAUAUCGACGUGUGUCGAAUGAAGGGCAAGCAGGAGGGCGAGUGUCGAAACUUCGUAAAGGUGCUGCUACUUCGCGACGAGUCCACGCUCUUCAUGUGCGGCUCCAACGCCUUCAACCCCGUGUGCGCCAACUACAGCAUGGACACACUACAACCCCUAGGGGACAACAUCAGUGGCAUGGCCCGCUGCCCAUAUGACCCCAAACACGCCAACGUUGCCCUUUUCUCUGAUGGGAUGCUCUUCACAGCCACCGUUACUGACUUCCUCGCCAUCGAUGCUGUCAUCUACCGCAGCCUGGGGGACCGGCCCACACUGCGCACAGUGAAACACGACUCCAAGUGGUUCAAAGAGCCGUACUUUGUCCAUGCGGUGGAGUGGGGCAGCCACGUCUACUUCUUCUUCCGGGAGAUUGCCAUGGAGUUUAACUACCUGGAGAAGGUAGUGGUGUCAAGAGUGGCCCGUGUGUGCAAGAAUGACGUGGGGGGCUCCCCUCGUGUGCUGGAGAAGCAGUGGACAUCUUUCCUGAAGGCGCGCCUCAACUGCUCUGUACCAGGAGACUCUCACUUCUACUUCAACGUACUCCAGGCGGUCACGGGCGUGGUCAGCCUGGGGGGCCGGCCGGUGGUCCUCGCAGUCUUCUCUACCCCCAGCAACAGUAUCCCAGGCUCCGCUGUCUGCGCUUUCGACAUGACGCAGGUGGCCGCUGUGUUUGAAGGCCGUUUCCGAGAGCAGAAGUCCCCUGAGUCCAUCUGGACGGCCGUGCCCGAAGAUCAGGUGCCACGGCCCCGACCCGGGUGCUGUGCGGCUCCUGGCAUGCAAUACAACGCUUCCAGCGCCUUUCCCGACGAGAUCCUCAACUUCGUUAAGACACACCCCCUCAUGGAUGAGGCUGUACCCUCACUGGGCCAUGCUCCCUGGAUCGUGCGGACACUGAUGCGGCACCAACUAACUCGGGUGGCAGUGGACGUGAGUGCUGGCCCCUGGGGCAACCAGACUGUCAUCUUCCUGGCGUCUGAAGAGGGCACUGUUCUCAAGUUCCUCGUCCAGCCCAACGCCAGCGCCCCAGGGACAACCGGACCUAGUGUUUUCCUGGAGGAGUUCGAGACCUACCGACCGGACAGGUGUGGACAGUCGGGCCGUGGCAAGGCUGGGCGGCGGUUGCUGAGCUUGGAGCUGGACGCAGUGUCCGGUGGCCUGCUGGCGGCCUUUCCGCGCUGUGUGGUCCGAGUACCGGUGGCCCGCUGCCAGCAGCACUCGGGCUGCAUGAAGAACUGUAUCGGCAGCCAGGACCCCUAUUGUGGGUGGGCCCCGGACGGCUCCUGCUUCUUCCUCAGCCCUGGCACCAGAGCCACCUUUGAACAGGAUGUCUCUGGGGCCAGCACCUCAGGCUUAGGGGACUGUACAGGGCUGCUGCGGGCCAGCCUCUCGGAUGAGCGGGCGGGACUGGUGUCCGUCAGUCUGCUGGUAACGUCGUCGGUGGCGGCCUUUGUGGUGGGCGCUGUCGUGUCCGGCUUCAGCGUGGGCUGGUUCGUGGGCUUCCGGGAGCGGCGCGAGCUGGCCCGGAGAAAGGACAAGGAGGCCAUCCUGGCGCACGGUGGCGGGGAGGCAGUACUGAGCGUCAGUCGGCUGGGAGAGCGUCGGGGGCCGGGCCCGGGUGGCCGCAGCGCUGGGGGCGUCGUCGGCACCGGGGGUCCCCCGGAGGCCCUGCUGGCCCCGCUGAUGCAGAACGGCUGGACCAAGGCCACACUGCUCCAGGGGGUGCCCCACGACCUCGACUCGGGGCUGCUGCCCACGCCGGAGCAGACGCCGCUGCCCCAGAAGCGCCUGCCCACGCCGCACCCGCAUCCCCACACCCUGGCCCCGCGUGGCUGGGACCACGGCCACCCUCUGCUGUCCGCCUCCACCUCCUCUUCCCUCCUGCUGCUGGCCCCAGCCCGAGCCCCUGAGCAGCCCCCGGCGGGCGAGCUGACCACCGAAGCCCGCCUCUACACCACCCGGUCCUGCCGCACCUCCCACGGCGACUUCCCGCCCACCCCCCAUGCCAGCCCAGACCGCCGGCGCGUGGUGUCAGCCCCCACGGGCCCCUUGGACCCAACCUCAGCCGCCGACAGUCUCCCUCGGCCCUGGAGCCCACCCCCAACGGGCAGCCUCCGGAGGCCGGGCCCCCACGCCCCGCCGGCCGCCGCCCUGCGCCGCACGCACACUUUCAACAGCGGCGAGGGCCGGCCCAGCGACCGUGCGCGCGGCCGCCACAUCCGACCGAGUACGGACUUGGCGCAUCUCCUCCCCUAUGGGGGCACAGACAGGACUGCGCCCCCCGUGCCCUAG